AUGAUGAACCAAUACCUUGAAUUGCACGCGAAACGUCGUGAAAGUCAAUCAAAAGUAUUAGUUAAACUUAUUGAUCGUGGCGAUGAAAUUAUUGUUCAUACAUCAGAAUUAUUACAAAUUGAUAAUAAAUUUUCUACAAUAUCAGCAUUUGUCCAACCAUUUCGUUUACAUUAUUGUGAUGAAUCACAAAAUUCAGCUAAUGUAACUCGUCAAUUGAAAAAUUUAUUAUUUAAUCAAUCGGUUUAUAUUACUCGACAAGGAUCAAUGAUUAAUGGAUCUUAUCCUGUUGAAGUUAUUUUAUCUAAUCAACAAUCACUUAAUAAAAUGAUUCUUCAGCAAUAA